GGGAAUCGAAGGGUUGACCUGUAGACGUUCUUGCAAUAAAAAUCACUUACUCCGCCUAUUUAAUUAAUCCCAACGUAUCAGGGAUCUUAUGGCUUCAGCAAAGAGCACGGCGCUCCUUCUACUAUUCAUAGUGAUCUACUCCUGCUCCCAGUCUCUCGCAAAAAAUGGCGAGAACAAGGAGAUGACGAGCAGCAAAAAGCUGCGAAACUUGGGCCAAAGACAUCCAUUCGUACCUUCGCCGCCAAGAGGUGGUUUAAUGCACGGCUUAGGCGAACCGCCUACUCCGCCAGUUGGUUUCACGCCACCAACGGAGCAACCUCCGCCUGCUGCUGUAUGUCCUCCACCUCCGCCACCUAGUUAUAGUUAGAUCUUGCGAUCUUCGAUAUGGACGACUUUGAUUAGGUUAAAACGGAGCAUAAAUGAAGUAAUCAGUAGAUUUUGUAAGAAUUGGUUCUGGAGUUAAACUCCAUGGUAACUAUAUGUUUGACUUGAUGGAAGCACCAAUUAGAUGCUCCUAAACAAUUUGCUCUCGCAUCUUGGAUCCUGUAGUUUUGUUCCUCGAUAUAAUUAAAAACAAUAAAAAAAUCUUGAGGUAGGUGUUGUUGUAGGAGAACAUUAAUACGAUAAUA